AUGGGGCAGCUGAUGCAUGUUCUUAUUACUUUCUUCUAUAGCAACAUGUUCUAUCUUACUUUUACACCCUUUGCUAGCUCCCUUUAUUUCAAAAUCUCAAGUUUUACUUCAAACAAUAACCAAAUCCUAUAUAGAGGAAGUGCUGCGCCUUCUUCUGGUGCCGUUCAAUUGAACCCUGUGAAUUACGUGUGCCAAGUAGGCCAAGCCAUCUAUGCCGAUAGAGUUCAAAUGUGGGAUUCCAGCUCAGGGAAAGUCGCAGAUUUCACUACACGAUUCUCCUUCACCAUUGACACCGACGAUCAAGCCAACUAUGGAGACGGGUUUGCAUUUUUUCUUGGCCCCGCGGAUUUCCAAAUCCCACCCAACUCUGCUGGUUCCUUUCUUGGUCUUUAUAACUUAUCUAAUUACAGAGAGUCGUCCCAAAAUCACAUGAUCCAUGUCGAGUUCGACAGUUUUGUUGACACUCAAUGGGAUCCUCUGUAUGAGCAUGUUGGGAUAAACAAGAAUUCCAUCUUUUCAGCUAACACCACCGCUUGGAGUGCUGGUAAUCACAGCGUUGAUGUUGCUGACGUUACAAUCUCUUAUAGUUCUCAAACAAUGAUGAUGAUAGUAUCUUGGACCUACAAUAAUCCUACUCCAGAAACUUCAAGCGUUUCAUAUCAUGUUGACAUUAAGGAGGUUCUCACUGAAUGGGUGACCAUAGGCUUUUCCGCUGGCACUGGCAACCUUAAAGAGAAAAAUACACUUUUAUAUUGGGAGUUCGAUUCAAGCUUAAAUGGUAAAUGGCGAAGCCCGGAAGAGAGAUCAGGUGUAUCGAAAGUUGGUUACUUAGUUCCUGGUGCCAUAGGUGUGAUCAUAGGUAUGGUCAUAGCCACAAUAUUCAUCGGCAUUCUGGUGUUCAUUCUUUUCAAGAAGGGCAGUUGGAUCAAAGGUAAAGGAAGAAGAACCAAGAAAUCGACACAAGAGAAAAAUAAGUUGAUCAAAAAAUCCAGUAGUGCUGAUAUUGAAAGCGAAGGAAGGUCUGCACCAUUGAAAUAUUCUUACUCUGAUCUGCAUUUCGCAACAAACGGCUUCUCCGAUGAUAAUAAGUUGGGAGAAGGAGGUUCUGGUGGUGUUUACAAGGGACGUCUUCCAAUUCCACUCCUCCACGAGGUUGCGGUGAAGAAGAUCUCCGAAGGUUCUACACAAGGAGAAAAUGAGUGUGCUGCUGAGGUGGCAACCAUAGGCAAACUGAAACACCCUAAUUUGGUGGAACUUGUAGGUUGGUGCGAAGAGGAGGGUAAGUUCUUGCUUAUAUACGAAAUUAUGCCGAAUGGUAGUCUUGAUACUUAUCUCUUUGGCAAUAAAAACCCUCUUGGUUGGUCCAAUCGAUAUAAAAUAGUUCAGGGUUUGGCGUCUGCAUUACGUCACCUGCAUGAGGAGCAAGGUGAAAAAUAUGUUAUUCACAGAGAUAUCAAACCAAGCAAUGUGAUGUUAGACUCAGAGUUGAAUCCGAAGCUUGGAGAUUUUGGUUUAGCUCGACUAAAGGAUAGCAAUGAGCAAGGUUCAAAAACUACUAAACUGGCUGGAACCUUGGGGUAUUGCGCACCCGAGUAUGUUACUUCACGUAAAGCUAGCAAGGCAACAGAUAUGUAUAGCUUUGGUGUCACUGUAUUGGAAAUUGGGAGUGGGAGAAGUGUGGAGAACCAAGUCUCUAACAUGGAUUUAGUUAAAUGGGUUUGGCAUUUAUACGGACAGAAGCAACUUCGUUUAACAGUUGACAAGAGGAUAUCGCAUGACGUUAAUGAGAAACAAUACAAUUGUUUGAUGACUGUAGGGUUGUCAUGUACACACCCUGAUCCAAGUAAGAGAUUAACCAUAGAAGGAGUAAUUCAUGCAUUAGAAAAUGUCAUUCCUCCUCAAGUCCCCGUAGAUAUGCCUACACCCCGAUAUGACACACCCACUAAUCAUCCAUCUACUUCAGAAACCAAGUCAUAA